CAUGUACAUGUACAUAUGUUUUUUUGUAUUUUCGAUAAGAUAGGCGGAAAGCGAAAGCUUUAUUACUGGCGGAGAUACAUGUUUUCAUUUGCAGCAAAGACUUUCGCCGGUUCGGACAGAUCGAAAAUGUGGAAAUUGGACUCAAAAGAUGGAAUUAUUGGCUCGGGUUUUGUGUCGAUCGCCUUUGCGAUAAUAUACCUGAUAGAGGGGGAUUGGUAUUGGACUUCCUAUGGCUUUGGAAUUCAUGUUGCCGGACUACAGAUUCUCGGGAGCAUUGUUCUCAUAGUGGGUGCUAUUAGGGAAAAGCACAGGCUCUUUGUGCCUUGGAUGGCCACCACCGCCAUUUUCCUUUAUCUGAUGAUUUACGCAGGAAUUAUUCUUUUGGCCAACGAAGAUUGGAUUAUAGUCCUUAUAAUGAUAACCCCAAUCACAGCUUAUCUCGGCUUUGCGUUAUAUGCGGUACAGAAGGCUUUUCGCAGGAUGCGCAAGGAUGUACCACCAGCGUACUGGGAUUUGCCUCCUAAGCCAAGUGUUAUAAAUCCAAUAUAAUGCAUUUACUUUGUGCUAAAUGUUAUCUGACGCGAUAAGAUUAACUUUAAGUUCCUUUGUAUUGUGUCAAAAGCGAUAUAGAUUUGUAUGUGCAACCGAAAAUUUAUAUAUAUUAUUGUGAUUAAUUA